AUGGUGACAUCGCGCAAGCGCGUGGCCAAGAGGACCACGGCCUCGAGGACCGCCCAGCUGGAGGAGAAGCUCGACGACUUGGUGUCCAUCCUGCGGGCCACGCAGCAGCAGCAGCAGCAUCAGCAUCAGCACCACCAGCAUCCGCAUGCCCAGCAACUGCAGCAACCUCAUCAUGUCAACCAUCUGCAGCAGCCUCAGCAGCUGCCGUCUGCACAGCUGCCGAUAAACGGUGUGUCAAAUUGUGACGUCGCUUCAUCGUCGUCAGCCUCGUCCAACGGCCAGCCCUAUGUAAGCCGCCUCGACUCGCUGGCCGACGCAGCAACAACGUCGCACCCACGCUCCGCGAGCAUCUUGGGUCUGACGACCCCCCGUCCGCUGGAUACCGAUAGACUCCCGGAGCCAACUCCCAGCGAAGCUGAAGUAUAUCUGGUCAAGUUUCGCCAAUGGCUCGAGUACUUCCCCUACAUACACCUAGAGCCUGACCUCACGGCCGAGGCUCUGCAUAGAGAGCGUCCUUUCCUCUGGCUCUGUAUCAUGAACGUCACAAGCAUGUCCAUGACGCAGCAGGCCACUAUGCGAGAGAGAGUGCGCCAGGAGAUUGCACAGCGAAUGAUUGUCAAUGGCGAUCGGGGUAUAGAGAUGGUGCAGGGUUUGAUUGCUCUGAUUUCUUGUGCCGGUCCCGGUGCCAAACCUUUUCUGACUCUAUAUAUGCAUAUAUGCAGCUGCAUCGUCUACGAAAUGAAUCUCACAAAGUUCCCCAACGAAGAGCAUUUCGCGACUGUCUGUUUCAAGGCUUGGGGAGGGGGAGGCAGGGCUAUCCCCCCAGCUAAAGAGCGUACCAUGGAAGAGCGGAGGGUGGUGCUGGGCUUUUGGUUUAUAACAUCAGUGCUUCAGCUGGUUGGAGAGGAAGCGCGAAAGCUCUUAGUAUGCGACUUUGUCGGGCGCGAUUUUGGCAGAGCCGACCCCGACAAGCCUCCCACUUAUGUCUUUAAGAGAAGUUUGCUCCUUCAGUUGCACAAGAUUCGCGAUACUCUGCCUCCGGGAGUAGCGUCCAAAGCCGUGAUCCAAAUGCACCUUUUCAGCACUGAAACCCAGAUUCACUCAAUCGGGCUCUUUGGGGCAACGAGAAUCCCAGACACGCCGCGCAUCGACUCCAUGUAUGCGGGCCUCGUCGCUGCCCGGGCAUGGUAUGACGUGUUGUUUGCCAUUCCGCUCGCAGAAUUCAUUGGCAUGCCGUUUUCUCUCUACGUGGAGCUUGCCCAGAUCCACGCACUGCUAUACAGAGUCUCGACCAUGGACGAUCCUGCCUGGGACAAGGAGAUUGUCCGUAGUACGGCAGAUCUCGGCAAUUAUCUGGACAGAACCAUCGACCUGUUUACCAAGGCCGAAGCACUGUACCCCUUGAGAGGCGGGAGCGAGGAUGUGUCCAUAUUUGGGAAGUGUACAAAGGUGCUUCGCAAUGUGCGCUCCAACUGGGAGCCAGCCAUAGUGCAGCAGCCAUUGGGAGGACUCCCAACGCCGAGCAGCCAGGUUAUUCCGGGCACGGCGCCGCAGCCUCCCCUGUUGGUGGACCACUCUAUGCUGCCGGACCAAGAUCUGUCUGCCGAUUUUGGUGACAUUAACUGGAUGACACAGGUGUUUGGGCCCUGGGAGUUUUGAGCAUCUUUGACGGUCAGCAAAUGAGAUGGUUUGGAGUUUCGCCUGUCGUAUUCAUUGCGACGUACUGGUGCGUGUAUGUGCCCGUGGGGAGUAGAGAAGAGAUGAAGGGGAAAAUGCCGAGUCUGUCACCAAAAGUAUGAAUAUAGGCAAGGGGGGCACACAUCCUAAUGAUAUGGGAAUAACGGAUGUUGCCUUUUGCCAUGAUAUAGGGGCAGCGGCUGAGACACUCGCAUCCUAGACGAUUUAUUUCUUGGGAGUUAUUGGGAUUUCUUUCUCAUCAUGGAUGAGAAACAUAUUAGCGGCCGGGCGCGGGUUGUUUUGGUAUUGAAUAUCGACUAGACCAACGGCUUCAUGUUGUGUAUAAUGCUCGGAUUACGGAUUUGAAUGUUUUUAAUGAAAUGAAAUCUCUGUUCACUAUUU